UUUUGCUUCCUCUAAACGUCAUGCCCUUUUUUUUCUCUUUAAUUCUCUCUCUCUCGCCUCUGUAGUCCACCGUUUUCACUCACUCUCUGCAUUUUCUCCAUUUCACCAGAGCUUCACUGCUUCUCAGUCUCUCGACUCCGUAGUUGACUUAAGUGAGUGUUUCUGAGUAAACAUUUUAGUGGGUUAAGUUCAUCGGCAUAGCUUUGUGUAUGGAGAGAAAGACGGGCUUCUUCUCAGCUCUCAAAGAGGAAGUAGUGAGAGGCCUCUCUCCGGGUCGUUCAAGGAGGGGGAGGAGCCCGUCUCCGUCGGGCUCGGGCCUCCUCAGGCGGAGGAGAGGUAGCAGUAUGGGCCCUCCUGAAAUCUUUAUUUCGAGAUCCGGGAGUUUCAGGCCCGGAGUUGAGACGCUCUCGCCUUUGAGGGAGGGUCCAGAUCCGAAUGGGUCGGAAGGUGCUGACCCGAGGAAUGAAAAGUGGGGCCACUGGUUGUGUCGGGCUCCCUCGGUUUCCACUUCUGGGCCAAGUUAUUCAAGGUCGGAUCUGAGGCUGCUGCUCGGCGUCUUGGGUGCGCCUCUCGCCCCCGUGCAUGUUAGCAACAUUGACCCUUUACCCCAUCUCAGCAUUAAAGACACUCCCAUUGAAUCAUCGUCUGCCCAGUACAUAUUGCAGCAGUACCUAGCAGCAUCCGGUGGACAGAAACUUCAAAACUCAAUUCACAAUGCUUAUGCCAUGGGAAAUGUGAAAAUGAUGGCAUCAGAUAUAGAGACGGCAACGAAGGUUAUAAAGAGUAGAAAUUCCUCCAAAGCAUCAGAGUCUGGUGGAUUUGUUCUCUGGCAAAUGAAUCCCGAUAUGUGGUAUGUGGAGCUUGCACUUGGUGGAAGCAAAGUUCAUGCUGGUUGUAAUGGGGAGCUUGUGUGGAGGCAUACGCCCUGGCUCGGCGCACAUGCAGCCAAAGGGCCAGUUAGGCCUUUGCGUCGUGCCCUUCAGGGUCUUGAUCCGAGGACAACAGCGAACAUGUUUGCCAAUGCAAGGUGCACUGGAGAGAAGAAAAUCAAUGGUGAGGAUUGCUUCAUUCUCAAACUUUGUGCCGAUCCUCAAACAUUGAAAGCAAGGAGUGAAGGACCGGCAGAGAUAAUAAGGCAUGUCUUAUUCGGCUAUUUUAGCCAGAAAACAGGGCUUCUUGUUCAUUUAGAAGACUCCCAUUUGACCCGCAUUCAGAGCAAUGGAGGUGAUGCUGUAUACUGGGAGACGACCAUCAAUUCAUUUCUUGAAGAUUACAGACCAGUUGAGGGGAUCAUGAUUGCUCACUCAGGCCGAUCAGUGGUUACGCUAUUCAGGUUCGGUGAAACAGCCAUGAGCCACACCAAAACUCAAAUGGAAGAAGCAUGGAUCAUUGAGGAAGUUGCGUUCAAUGUUCCUGGUUUAUCCAUAGACUGUUUCAUUCCUCCAGCUGAACUGAGAUAUGACUCCAUUAGUGAAGCGUGUGAGCUUCCUCAGGGAGAGAGGGUUAAAACUGCAGUAGCAGCAGCUGCUUACCGAGCCAAGGUUGCUGCAUUGAGCAAAUCACAGGAUGAAAAUGUGAACAACAUCGUACUGAAGAUGAAUAUUUGAUGACAGAGGAAGUGGUAGGUGGUUCCCUUUACGGGUUUUUAGUUUAGUAUCUCGGUACAAACUGACAAACUGAGGUAAAAAAAAAAAAAAAAAAAAAAAAAAGGACAGUAUUAGGAACUCGGCUGAUUGAGGAAUUUUACAUAUUGAUGCUAGUUUUCUUCAAUCUGUAUAUAUACAUAAUGUGUCAUUUAACUCUCAGCCUGGUGUUCCAUAGUCGACCUUGUUUCCAGCAGAAUCUGCUGAUGGAAGUUUGUUUUCAGCCAACCAAAAACUGAAUGUAAUUCAUUGUAUUUCCUUCUUAAUCAUGUAAUAUCAUGAAAUAGCUUCGCCAAGA